AAAGGGCUGAGUGGUAACGCGAUGUCUGGGCAGCCGUUGCGGGUCAACGCAGUGUUUGCUGCACGUUAUGGAAAGUACCGGCGUCGCGAGGAGCUGCAGCGGCUGCAGGACAAAUAUGGGGAAGAGGAGAAAGCCUCGAGUUCCGAGUCGGCGUCUAGCGAAGAAGAGGAACUUGACUCCAAACUGGAUCGUGCUUUUUAUUCCAUGUUAGGCUUAUUAAAAACAAAGGAUCCCCGAAUUUAUCAAAAGAACAUCGCUUUCUACACUGAGGAAGAUUCUUGUUCGGCCAUUGUUUGUAAGAAGACUUCUACAAAGAAGGGAAAAAAGCCCAUGUUUCUUAAGGAUUAUGAGAGAAAAGUUAUGGUGGAGAAGGCAGGCAAAUAUGAUGAUGAAGAAGAUGAAGAAGAGAUAACAGUUAAAAAUCAACUGACUUAUGUAGAAGAACAGAAGGAGCUGAAGGAGAGCUUCCGAAAGUUUGUGGCAGAAAGUGAUGAAGAAGAAGGCAAUUCUUCAACUCUGCUUCAGAAACGGGUUAAAAGCAAGGAAGAGAAAGAACAUGAGGAAGCAGACUAUAUCAGCUGGUUGAAAGGUCAAAAGAAGCUAGAAACAGAGAAUGAACUUCAAGAUCUGAUACCACUGAAAAUAUACUGGAAUGAUCCAAAACUGGAUGAAGGGGAGCAGUUUCUGAGAGAUUAUAUCUUAAACCAAUGUUAUAAGGAAGGAGGCAGUGAGGAGGAGCAGGAACAGGAGGAUCAACAGAAAGGGCCACCUGGGAUCCAGCUGGCUGUUUCAGACUCAUCAGAUGAAGGUGAAUUCUUCUUAAAGAAGCAAGCGGAUUUUGAGCGCAAAUACAACUUUCGUUUUGAGGAACCUGAAGCACAACAUGUAAAAACAUAUCCCCGUUUUAUUGCAACAUCUGUGCGUCGAAAGGAUGAGCGCCGCAAAGAGAAGCGCCAAGAAAUACAGGAGCGCAAGAGAAAAGAGAGGGAACAGAAGCAGCAGGAGCUGAAGCACCUGAAGAACCUGAAGCGUCAGGAGAUCCUGGAACGGUUAGAGAAGCUACAUAUGAUUACUGGUAAAGCAAAUAACAGUUUCCAAGAAAGUGACCUGGAAGGAGACUUUGAUUCCCGCCUGCAUGACCAGCUCAUGGAGAAUUAUUUUGGGGAUGAAUACUAUGGAGUUGGUGAGGAAGAGAAACCACAAUUUGAAACUGAAGAAGGAAGUGACGGUGAAUGGAAUUGGGACAACUGGACUGGAAGGGAUGGUGGAAUGUGGCAGCAGCAGCAGGAGGAAGAUCACCAACCACACUGUGAGGACCUUGACUUUGUGAUGGAUGCAGAUUAUGACUUCUCCCAGCAACCAACCCAUUUCAAAAAGAAAAAGAAAUUGAAGAUUCCUCUUCUAGAGAAGAAGAAAUGCAAGUCACCAUUUGCAGAGACCAUCUCUCAGGAAAAAAAGCCAUUUGAUCCUGAAACAAAGACAUUUGAACAAUAUUUGGAUGAGUUCUACCACUUGGAAUAUGAGGACCUGAUAGGUGACCUUCCUUGUCGUUUUAAGUACCACACAGUUGUUCCCUGCAACUAUGGACUGUCAACUGAAGAGAUUUUGACUGCUGAUGAUAAAGAGCUGAACCGCUGGUGUUCUCUACGGAAGACCUGCAUGUACAGAUCAGAAAAAGAAGAGUUGCAGGAGAAGGCGAUCUAUGCGAAGAAAAGCCAAGAUGCUUGGAAGAAGAAACAGAUUCUCAAAUCCCUUCGAAUAGGAAUGGAAAAAGAUGGAAAGCAGCCUCAGCCCAAGAAGAGAAAAAAGAGCAGGGAAACCAAGUGUUUUGGGCACUCUUCAGAAGAAACACAGCUGGUUAGUGCUGGUUGUGAGGAGGAAGGACUUUUGUUUUGCAAGACCACAACAGAUUCUGUUACAGGAAAAGAAUUUGAUGCUUCUGUUUCAAAUGGCUCUUGUUCUGUGCCCCCCCAAGUUCAGAGAUCAAAAAAGAGAGGCAGAAAGGGGUUGGUAUUGGGCACCAAGAUACGAAUGAAAGGCUCAGAGUUCAGUUACCAGAGGCUCCAAGCCUAUGGUCUCAAUCCCAAGAGCUUGUGCUAUCGCCAGCUGCUUCGUGAGAAGAGGCGGAAGAAGCAAUAGGGACAGCCAGGUUUGGCCCAUCAAGGGACCAAGCAGCAUCAUCUACUUUGAUUUCAGAGUUUAGCCUCCUUUUCUUGGCAUGGAGUCUACAGCUGGUUAAUAGUGGCUUCUAGGUGGGCUUUGAUUUUUGGGAAAUAUGGAUCAAAUUGAUUAUCUUUUAAUGCAUUUGCUGCCUUAUAUUUUGUAUUAACUUUGACUCAAGAAUCCAUUGCAGUAGCUAAUCCUAUAUUACUUCUUUUGAUCACUUCCACUUGCAUAUUAGAGGGCCAUUGCUUGCAAAGUACCUUAUUCAUAACGGUGAUUUAAUAUUAAAAAAAAAACACUCUGGGAGAUUGUGAAAUGAAAAUUGACCUCCAUUUUUAUUGCCCUAAAUACCUUUGGGCUGUAUGAGAUAAUAUUUAAAGACUAAAGCUGGUAGCUAGCUGUCAGAAUCAUCACAGUGUACUUUAAUAUUUUGAUUACAUUGAAUCAUGUUAGAAGAGCCAUUUAGGUUUCAGGUUAAAACCUUUUGCUCAGUGCAGGAACCCAUAAGAAAUAUCUCAAGACAGACAGCUGUCUAGCUUUCUUUUGAAAAUAUCCAGUACAAAAGGGAAUCUGGAUAACUGGUUCCAUUGUUCCAAAUUUUAUUGAAAACAAACUGCAGAGUAAAUGAAGUGUCUUGUCUGAGUGACACAAGGAUGCUCCAAACCCAAAUAGGGUCAUGUCAGCACACGUUCCAGCAUUUAGAGGUUUUGCUUCUCUAGCAGACUAUUAAGUAUAUUUUGAGUAUAGCGAGAACUGGCAAAACUGCUUGACUGCUACAUCAGGAAUGUAGCACAUAUGAUGAAUAACAACAAAAUAGUCUGGUUUAUGGUAGACAAUAGGACCAAUUACUUUCUAAGCCUGAAUCAUUCUUGAUUUACAUCACUGAGUUCAUGGAAGAAACAGGGAAAGGACAAGGACAUAGGUCUCCCAAGAAACUGAAUUAAGCAAGUGUAUCUUCCAGAAUGCAAUGGAAAGGAAGAAUUACUGCUAUAAAGAACUGUCUUCUGCCAAGACCAUGGUAGCAUGCCAUAGAAAUGCUUUCAGGCUUAUAGUAGAAAAUAUUAUAGUGAGAAGUGUGGAAAGAAGCAGAAGUAUAGGUCGUCCUUGACUUACGACUGGUUGCUUAAUGACUGUUCAAAGUUUCGAUCAAAACGCACUCCACUUACAAGCCUGUUCCAAAGUUCUGAUGGCCACCCCCUCCCCUGUGGUCACAUUACAUUUUGAGUGCAUUUGAUCAGUUACAUGAUCACAAUUUAUGUUUUUGCCAAAAAUUGGCAUUUAUUUCUGGUUUUCAGCAAAAAUAUUCCAUAAUGAACUAUGGAUUCACUUAACAAUAGUGGUCACUUUAUGACUGCUGCAAAAAGUCAUAAAAUUGAGUCAAUCACAUGGACAGACUCUAUUAUGGUUUUGAGGACUAGUCAGUAGUAAAACUGCAUUCAUCCACCAGUAGUAACUGAUUCCUAGUGCCCUGGUGGAUAAAUAUACUAUUGUAGGCAAACU